ACGCGUUGCCUGGCAACGGGAACAUGGCGGAGCCGCCGCCGGCCCAGCCCGGCCCCGGCGCCAUGGAGGAGGCUGCGGGGGAAUUGGGCUCCGCGGAGCGGGAUGAAAGCGGAGAUCUGUCACAUCUUCCUCUGGAGGAUGACAUGGAGCAGCAAGCUCUAGGAAGAGGAGCCCCUUCCCUUCCUUCAGGAGCACCUGGAGAGGAGCCAGACACCAGCACAGAGCCAGAGAGCAAAGGAGAACCCAGUGUUCAUCAUGGCAACCAAAGAUGGGAAAGGGGAUUCCAGCAGCAGGGAGCUGAGGAACAUGAGACAAAAAAAAGUAUGGGGGAAACAGAAGAAGAAGAAGAAGAAGAAGAAGAAGACGAAGAAGAAGAAGAAGAAGAAACAGAACUGGUCGUCUUGGAUCCAGACCAUCCUCUGAUGACCAGAUUCCAGGCUGCCCUGAAGAAUUACCUCACUAAGCAGAUCGAGCAAGUGAAGCUAGACCUCCAUGAGCUGAGAACAGCAAUGAAGACCAGCAAAGAGCAGAGAGAAGAGCUCGGGGUGGUGCUUUAUGGAGCCCAGCAGCAGCUGGGGCAGCUGGAGGUGGAACUGGAGAAGAGCCACAAGCGCUGUUGGCAGGCGGCCGCAGCGCGCCGGCAGCUGGAGGAGGAGCUGAAGAGCCUCAGGGAUGCUCACAAGGAAAUGUGUCACAACACAGAUGAUGAACGCAAGAAAGUUUCUGCAUUGCAGACCGAGAUUGAAAACCUGGCCUUGGAGCUCUUCUAUGUGCAGAACAUGGACCAGGACAUGCAUCACAAGAUUUUACUGAUGAAACAGACAGCAAAGAGGGCUGAGGCAGAGAAGAUCCAGGCUGAGGUGGAAAAGAAAAAACAGGACCUUCUCCUAGACCAGUCCACCAGGAGAGUCUACGAGCUCCAGGAACAAAUUGCUCUGCUUGAAGCUCAGCUUGCAGCCCAGACAGAGGACACAAAAGUGACCCGGCAGGCAGUCACUGAGGCUGGUCUGGAGGUCCAGGCUAUUAGCAUGGAGAAAAAGAGCUUGAUGGAGCACUGGAACAGCAGCUUGGCUGGAAUGAAGCAGAGGGACGAGGCCUAUGUUGUUGCUCAGGAGCUGCUGAGCAACUACAGACGUGACCUCAAGUCCCUGGAAGGGGACAUCCAYGGCUGUGGGAAGUCCAUCAGGAAAGAGGAGGAGAAAAAUGAGAACCUUGUCACCCACCUGCACCGGUCCCAGAACAAUGCCAGUGUGACAAAGAAAAUGAUUGCCCGGUGCCUGCUGGAGCAGGAGGCYCUGCAGGCUCAAACUGGCACCUACACUCGUGUUCUCCAUGAGACAGAGGAGGCCCUCAGCAGGACCAAGAUGGACCAAGCUGGUCACCUGAACGAGUUGCUGGCCAUCAGGAAGGGUGUGGAGAAGGGAACUUUUGUCAAAGAGCAGCUAGAGAGUGAAAUCUUGGAAAAGCUUCAGGACCAGAUGGUAUCCAGCAAAGCUGCAAAGCACUUCUCCCAGCUGGCUGAAAAACUUCGGAGCAGAAAAAGCAACCUGGAGCUGCAUUAUUACAAGGUUGAGAAUGACGUGGCCCAGAUUAUUCUGAAYGCAACUAAUACCAGCUCCAGGCUGACAGGUCACCAAAAAUCACUGAGUGAGGUGGACAAAGAAAUAAAGUAUAUGAAUGAAAUGAUCGCCUGCCAGGAAAAUGAGAUUGCCAAGUCCAGGAUCCUGGCUGACAAGAAGGGAGGGAUCAUUUGCAUGUACAACAAGAAGCUGGAGAUGCUUCUUGCUCAGCUGGGGGGGCAAGAACUGGGACCACUGGAAUUAGAGAUCAACAAGCUGAAUAAGCAGAUAGAAGAAUGCAAUUCCGAGGUGAUGACGUUGCAGAAGUACUGGCUCAAUGAGCAGAAGGAGCUGRUGAAGCUGACACGGGAGAGGGAGGAACAAAUCACCUCACUGGAUAUGUUACAGAAACAGAUCAUCGUCAUGGAGCAGAGGAAAGUGCGCAUGGAAAAUGAAAUUCAGCAUGAAAUAAAAGAACAGAAGGAAGUGGAACGGCACAUGAAGAACAUGUCAAAUGACUUGAUAAAGUUGAAUAUGUUGAUCAACAAGAACAACAGCAGCUUUGAAGAGCUGCAAAAUGACAAAAUGGUCAUAGAGAGCGARUUUGUGCACUCUCUCAAGGCAGCAGAAAAAGAAUCUGUGGAGCUGCAGGAGAGGCACAGUCAAUUGACUGAGGAGAAGGAAAGGCUCCUGAACAGCCUGGUAGAGGCAGAGCAUCAGAUCCUGCUGUGGGAGAAGAAGAUCCAGCUGGCAAAGGAGAUGCGGGAAGCAACAGAUUCUUUGAUAGAACAAGGUGAAAUCCAUGAYAUGAAAUCAGAGAUUCGUAGGAUGCAGGUCCGCUAUGGGCAGCUGGUGAAGCAGCAGGAGAUGUUGGUUCGGGCUAUGGAGGCGUGUGUUUCUCAGAGAGAGACGAUAGCGAAUCGGGCAGAUGCUCUGAACAAAGUAGAUAAAAAACAAACCACCAAGAGCGACUUCCAGAUCAAGAAACCAGAGCUGAAGAGGAAGCUCAGGGAAACCAAGGAGAACAUUUGUGAAUGCAACCAAACCAUCCAGGAUCUGGAGAUCAUCCAAGAGACCCUCAAUGCCUCCUUUAAGGAAAAGAAGCAGGAAAUGUCCAAACUCCAGGCUGAGGCUUCCAACCUCGUCUCGGACAUGGAACGUCUUCAGAACGAGAAACGAUGGAACCUGUUGAAGCUUGUGGCCCACCAGGCGCACCAGAAGCAGCUGCAGGCGCUGAAUGAAGGGAGGUACAAGGCUGUGCACACAGAAGAGGCUUGCACCAAGCAGCAGGAGAARCUGCAGGGUCGGCUGCAGACCAUUAACACCAUCGUGCAGAAGAUCAAGAAGGAACAGCCCCGGCACGAGAAGCUUCUGCAGUGGCUCAGCCACUGCUUGGGAUCUAGGCUCGGCUCAGGGAAAGCYUGACACAAACAGAGAAAAUACAUGYAACAACUUUUUAUUCUUCCAUCASCUCCAGGCUUUGUAAAUAAAUAAAUAU